UAUAAAACUUCAGUGUUUGUAAAUUUAAGUCCUGUAUUGGUAUUGAUGCUCAAAGGAAAACCAUACUUAUUGUGUAAAAAUAAUGCAAGUUUCAUGUUACUUUAUUUUAAGAAACUAAUAAUCUUAACUUUUCUCUUAUACAUUUCAGUUUAAUUAAGUUCAGACUUAGGAAAUAUUGAAUAUAUAUUAAGGGCUCUAUAUACACCACAAUAACCUCAUAUUGUAGAUAAAAUGAGUGAUUCAGAAAUUCCACCACCAUCAAAAAAAUCCAAAGUGAUGGAAGAAAAGGAGGAAGACUUCACCGAGGAUCCCGGCACUAGUACCAAUGAAUUUGUGGUUGAUGACAAGUACAACAACUAUGUGACACCAGAGGAGCUACAGAAAUUAAAAGAGUUUAAGAUUCUCGAUGAAGUUAAAUCAGAUGAUGAAGAAGCCGCCAGUGAUGGUGGAGAGUCCGAUGUUUCUCAGGAACUACCAGAGGAAGAGAUUGAAAAGAUGUUGGAGGAUGAUCUUCCUGAAGAUUUCAAAGGAGCUCCAAAACCAAAAGAGAAGCCAUAUGUUUUGAGGUCCAAAAUAGUAAUGGAAGAGAAAGGCACCAAUCCGUUCGAAGUGCUGCCUUUGGACUGGAUAUGCGCUCGUCACAUGAGCGGGAUCCCGGUGUACAUGCACCGGCCCACGCGCGUCGUCACCCUCGCCAAGCCUUACUGCCUGGGCAAGAGCAACAUACAGCGCCACGAUAUCCCAAUAAGUGCGAUCCCGUGCUUGGCGUAUCGACGGGCUCUGGAGGAGGAAGAAAAACAGAAAGAGUUAGAUAAGAAGAUACAAGAACAGGUCGACAUUUGUAACGCUAAACUACAGAGCGACAAAGAUUCGUCGUCGCCACGGGCCUCCGGGACGGCCGAUCGAGCCGCGGACGACCUCGUCGCGGAAGCUCACGUCGGUGACGACGCAGAAAAAGAUAACGGCACUGUCUCCGGAUGUCCCUUCAAAGGAAAACUAAUUGAGAACGACCCCCAAAGCCAGGAGAAGGAGAGAGAGAGCGAAGAGUCCCUGAAGAUCCGGCCGGUGAUAGUGCCCGGAGGAAGAGCCGUGCCUCCGCCCAGGGUCGAAGCGGUCAGCUCCAGCUGGCGCACGCAGCAUCUCACGGCCGAACGCAUCACCCGGUACUGCGAGGCACUUUUCCACUUCAAGACCGUCCAAGUCAUGCACUUCAAUCGCUGGGCGGAUCGUCGCAAGUACACGAAGGCCCGUAAGGCGCUGCAGUACCCGUCUCUGCCCGAAGGCACCAAGCUCAUCACCAUCCCCACCACGGGACAGGACGGCGUCCGCGGCAAGAGGGACUGGGUCAUGAACAUGAACGGGCGCUGCUACCUGUCAGUCUUCCACGAGUACGUGAACCGCGCCCUUCAGCAGCAGCCGGUGUACCACUUCACGCAGCUGGAGAACGCCGCCACGCCCUACCAGGCCACCGUGUUCAUAGGCGACAUGCAGUACGGAGUCGGCGUCGGCAGCUCCAAGCGCCAGGCCAAGGCGGCCGCCGCCCGCGCCUCCAUCCGCAUCCUCAUCCCCGAGAUGAAGGACGAGCUCGCAGCGCCCGACGCACCCGAGCCGGACUUCUCGUUCUUCGACUACGUGGGCGUCGAGGACCCGCGGGUGGCCGAGUUCUGCGUCGCCACCUGCGAGCCUUCGCCACACGCCAUCCUGCGCACGUGCCUGCUGCGCAACUUCGGCGCCGGCGACCGCCACAUCGACGUCACGGUCGACAAGCUGGAGUACCAGAAGAUCCAGCUGACCAUGAAGGUGGGCAAGCACAGCGCGGUCGUCGUGUGUAACAACAAGAAGGCGGCCAAGCAGCGCGCCUCGCAGGCCAUCUUGCAGUCGCUGCACCCUCACGUGCGCUGCUGGGGUUCGCUGCUGCGUCUGUACGGCUCGCGGUCGGUGCCUUCGUGCGCCGAGAGGAAGCUCCACGAGCAGCAGAUCACGCUGCUGCAGGAGCAGGCGCGGCGGCACCGGCCCAACCGCGCCGUGCUUCGCAAGCUCCGCCAGGACAUGCUCCGGCUGGAAGAGAGGGAUCGGGCUCUGGCGCCCGUGGGCACGCUGCUCUUGCGCCCCGCCGACGCGCUGCCUCAGCACUCGGGCUCCAACCUCAACAACUUGCAUCUCUAGCUCGACCUCUUACAGUCAUUGAAAUAAAAUAAAACACGCAUAUAUAUAUA